AUGGGUGGAGGGAUGGCAGUAGACCUGACGCACGGGGCGGUGGCGGCGCUGGUGUCGGGGCUGGGGCAGGUGAUGGGCGCCGUGCUGCAGGUUGUGGGCGCGCCGGGGCCAGCGCCGGCGGGAACCGUGGCCGGCACGGGGCAGUUCGGCCUCGUGCUCUCCGACGGCGUGCACUCGCUGGAGGCGGUGCUGGACGUCACCAUGGACGGCCUCGUCACCGCCGGCCUCCUCCGCGCCGGCUCCGUUGUCCGAGUCCUCGACUACCUAUACAGCUAUGCCGCGAACCUAAGGGUCUUCGUUGUUUUCCAGCUCGAAAUACUGCAAGCUGAGUGCACGCUGAUCGGGAGUCCCACAAUCUAUGAGGUCAGUGACGCCGCUCAGCCGAAGAACGGAUGCUAUUCUGAUAGACUGGGCAUACAUAGGCCUGACAUGAUCUCAAAGGUUCAGCAAGGUGUUACCAACAUAGCAUGUUCUCGUGAUCAAGGCUUGGCAGGUUCGUCUCGUGCUCCAAGGGUAGAGCAUGCUGUGAACAAUCUGCGUGGAUUUUAUGAUUUAGUGUCAGCCCAGAACACAAUAGAUGCCAAGAUGCAGCAGCUUUCACUGAGGAAUCAAGGCCAGGGGCUCGCGGCUCCUCCGACAAACUGGGAAGGCUUCGACUGGACCGGCAAUACAUACCGAACCAUUGCACAGAUCAAGGAUGAGAACUUUAGGAUGUCCAGUCAACCUGACUUGAUCACGGUUGUGGCUGCAGUUUCACAGGUAGACAGUGGUGCCUUCUGCUACCCAUCUUGCGCCUUGAUGUUCGACGGUGAGAAAUGCAAUAACAAGCUGAAAGUUGAUGGUGAUGGGUGGUGGUGCACCAGAUGCCUCUGGAGGUCCCAGACCUGCGAGUACCGGUACAUGCUCAACUGCCAAAUCAGUGACCAUACUGGUUCAACCAAUGCGACAGUCUUGCAGCAGGCUGCCGAGGAAAUAAUUGGCUACACAGCACAAGAACUCCUCAUGAUAAAAGAUGUCGAGAAAGACGGUGUAAAAUUUGAGGAAAUCAUGCAGGGUAUCCUUCGGCGUCAGUGUGUACUUAAGCUGAGAGUCGAGGGGCAUGGUGUAAUGACGAAGCGCAGCAUAGUUGAGGCUGAGAAGUUGGAGUCGCCGAAUACGAGCCAUCUCCUAGGGGCGAUCGGCAACCUGUUAAAGAGCGGUUCGUCCCCAACUCCAUGGCAGCAAGGUGGCCUGGCCCCAACCGCCCGUCGUCCCACAAAUCUGCAGGCACCUUUUAGAACUUUCAACAAUUCCUAUGGCAGCAUGAGGAGCACCAGGGGCGCAAGCUACGGGCGCCCCGCGGAUCAGCUUCCGCGUUUCUCUACUCCACCACCACCCUAUAGCAGCAUGAUGAGCACGGGUGGCGCAAGCUAUCUGCGCUCCCUCGCAGGUUAUCUUCCACAGAUUCCUGCUGCUCCACUGUUAGGAACAAGAAUCAUGUAGGAGGAGCUAACGUUUUUGCGGAUGUAACAGGCGCAGUGAGGGCUGGCUCACCGAUGAUCCACUGCAACUAGGCAGCCUCGCGUCGGAGGCUGCCAGACAACUAUGCUUGUCAACUUAGUUAUAUUUAUUUAUAUAUGAACCUAUAUAUGAAGUUUGCCUUGAGUGGUGCUACAAUGUGUGGAAUUUUAUUUAUGUGGACGACGGUGGGUAUGGGGCGAAGUGCGCGCUUCAUCCUGCUCUGGGUCUAUAGCUUCCGUGUUAUCGAACUUCUGCUAGUAACUUGAGUAACAUCAGGCUACGUUUUUA